AUGCCGGACGAGGAGAUUGAAAGCAGAUACUACAAUCAACGGACUGGAAAGGAGGAAUGGCGCUGCAAGUAUUGUGAGAAAACAUAUUCUUGUUCUGGUGGAACUGCGGCUCCGGCUAAGCACCUAACGGACCCUCCUCCUGACGGCCACGGUCUCCCAAAAAGCGCUCCACGAACAGCUAAAGCCAGGACGAUACAAACUCUUCUCGAACAAGCUCGUCUUACCGCUGAGGAAAAUGUCCGAAAACGCCGUCGGCUCAAUGAUCAACACGGAAGCUCGAUCGACCCGGACCAGCUCGAAGUGUUGUACAUAAGGUUUAUUACCGCCUGUUCUCUUCCAAUUCGGCUCGUGGAGUGCCCAGAAUUCCGAGCAAUGUUAGCCUACGUUAAUGUUGAUGUUGAUACUUGGCUCCCAGGGUCACACCAAACUGUCAAGAAAUGGAUUAUGCGGCAAUAUGAGGAUCAGAAGGAGAAGGUGAAGCAGCGCAUACAGUCGGCAAGAUCAAGAAUUCAUAUCAGCUGCGACCUUUGGACGUCUCCCAACUCUUUGGCAAUCCUAGGCGUAGUCGCUCACUAUGUCACUGAAGACUGCACGCUGGAACACCAUACUUUAGCCUUAAAAGACAUCGACGGUGAGCAUGAUGGUUCUCACCUCGCUGCAGCAAUGAUGGAAGUGGUUGAUGACUGGGGUUUUGCUUCCAAACUAGGAUAUUUUGUGAUGGACAAUGCAAGCAAUAAUGACACGAUGAUGAAGUCCCUUUCUCUUGCCCUUCUACGACAAUAUGACAUUCAAUAUAACCCCAAAUUUCACCGACUCCGCUGCCAAGGUCAUAUUAUCGAGCGAGCUGCGAGCCGCUAA